AUGGAGUGUCAUGAGUCACUAGCCCAAGCUUUAGAUGGUAACAACAUUGCUGACCAGCUAGCUAGGAAGGCAGCAGGACUAAGACUCAUAGGACCUGACUUAAUAGUGGUUGUAGCGUCAAUUGUGGUACUAACUUUAGGUUCAAACGGACAAGUAUUUGCAACAUCGGCAAUUCGCGGCAUUCGCUUUCUCCAGAUUCUUCGAAUGUUACACGUCGAUCGGCAAGGCGGUACAUGGAGAUUGUUGGGAUCCGUGGUAUUUAUCCAUCGGCAGGAACUUAUUACAACGUUAUACAUUGGAUUCUUGGGCCUAAUCUUUAGCAGUUACUUUGUGUAUUUAGCAGAAAAGGACGCUGUUGAAGAUGAAGAGGAAGGUAAAAAUACUGGGACGUUUUCCAGUUACGCCGACGCCCUCUGGUGGGGAGUGAUAACAGUGACGACGAUCGGGUACGGUGAUACUGUUCCACGGACUUGGAUGGGGAAAAUCGUUGCGUCUUGUUUCAGCGUGUUCGCCAUUUCCUUCUUUGCUCUUCCAGCUGGCAUUCUAGGGUCCGGCUUUGCACUAAAAGUUCAACAAAAGCAACGUCAAAAGCACUUCAAUCGUCAAAUUCCCGCAGCUGCAAUGCUGAUCCAAUGUCUGUGGAGGUGUUACGCUGCCGACAAAAGCUUCAACUCCACAGCAACUUGGCAAGUCUACCUCAGCGAUCCAAAUCCCCCUGCUGCCAAUAACAACGCUGCAGGGGGGAGUGGCAGUAACUAUAGCAUGCCUUUAUCAAAGUCCCUAAUAUUGCAGGUAGCGAAAAAGGCAUCGGUUCUGAAGCGGAGAAAAUCCAAAAACAAAAUGGACCCUCCUGGAACUUCCAGAGCCGAGCUUAAUACUCCAGGUCCGGGUACUCCCCUGACGGAGGCUUCCAUGGUGCUGUCAACACUUGGCGGCCAGCCCAAGGCCUUAUCCGAUACCGAGGUCAUGUUGUACAUGGAUGAGUCGAAAACAGGAACCCCACCGCCCAGCAGUAGGAUGCGAAGAGGAGAAAGAGAGAGCGUUAGAGGAGCGUUCUUCGUCAGUCAAACGAGCACAGUCACAGAAGCAGCAAGUGAUGAUAUCGAUGAUUUGGAUAAUGAACUUCCUAGAGUCACACAAUUAACUGAGGCACACAAGAAUGCGAUCCGAGCGAUCCGGAAAAUAAAAUAUUUCGUAGCCAGGAGGAAGUUUCAACAGGCGAGAAAACCGUACGACGUCAGAGAUGUCAUCGAACAAUACAGCCAGGGUCAUUUGAACAUGAUGGUCAGAAUAAAGGAAUUGCAGAGGAGAUUAGACCAAACUCUGGGUAAACCAGGAAGCUAUUUAGCUGGAAUUGACAAAGUGGGAAACGUUAAACACAUGACCGUUGGUGCUAGGUUGUACAGGGUAGAGCAACAGUUGGGAUCACUAGAAAAAAAGUUAGAUUCAGUAAUUAGUAUUAUUACCGUUUUAGCACAAAACCAACAAGUAGGAAUUAAAUCAGAAGAAAACGCUUAAAUACAAUUUUUGAUACGAAGGACCAUAUCUAAGAAAUAUCGUAAUAAUAAAAAAUAUUUUAUUGUACUUUUAAACUAAUUAACAAUACGAUUUUUGUCAAAAUAUCGGUAACUAUUAUGCUACUGGUUACCUAA